AUGGAUUUCCUCAAAGACGCAGCAUCCAAGUUCUCUGAGGGCCAAAAGGCAAAUGCGCCAGUUGGUGAGCAGAACGCUCAAAGCGGGAACAGCGGAGGUGGCUUCCUAGGCGGCCUUGGCGACAAGCUCAACUCUGCCGCAGGCGGCGGAAGGGAGAGCGAGAAGAAUGAGGACAUGCUCGACAAGGGCGUCGACUUCGUCCAAGAGAAGUUCCUAGGCCAGGGCCCGCAGGACAAUGAGAGCGCGAUCGAGCAGGCUAAGGAUGAGCAGAUCUCUGACUUCAUCCGCGCGAAGUAUAAGGACACGACCGGCAAGGACUUCCCCGUUGCGGACAAGGAUACCAAGUUCUCCUAG